AUGACUAGUUUUGACCCUGAAUCGAUAUCCUAUUUCAACCCAAAUGUGGAUAGGCGGGUUGCGUUAAUUACUGGAGGUAAUAGCGGUGUUGGGUGGUAUACUGUGUUACAUCUUUACCUCCACGGAUAUAUUGUUUACAUCGCAGCUAGAAGUAAGACGAGGGUGAACACUUCUAUAAAUGAGCUUAAAGAAGAGGCUAUGGUUAUAAGGCUGAAAUAUACUUCACAGCAAUCAUCCAAUGAACGAUUUUUGGGGGAAUUAUACUUCUUGGAUAUUGACCUAUUAAGCUUAUCAUCGGUCCUAAAUGCAGUUAAAACGUUCAAGUCCAGAGAGAAGCAUUUAAAUAUAUUAAUUAACAAUGCUAGUGUGAUGGCCUUGCCUUAUUCUAUAACAAAGGACGGGUUUGAAAUUCAAAUGCAAACUAACUACAUAUCACCUUUUCUAUUAACUACUAAACUCUUACCGCUUUUAGAAAGCUCGAGUGAAUUAUUUCCAAAAAGUGGUCCACCAAAGAUUAUUUACUUGAGUUCCAUUGGCCAUCAAUUAGCUUUCAAGUAUUUCAAUUUGAAUUCCACGUUUAAUUACAGACCAAAUAUUGUGUUCACCUGGUUUAGAUAUGGCUUGGCGAAGACAUGCGGCAUUCACUUUAUGAAAAUGCUUGCCUUGAGGAAUCCAAAGAUAUUAUGUAUGUCUGUGCAUCCCGGAUUCGUUAUGAAUACUAAUUUGUUCUCAUAUUGGACUCGGUUACCCAUUAUAGGUAUACUAUUUUGGUGUUUGUUUCAAAUUUUUGGAUUUUUGUUCGGUGUCUCUAGCGAACAAGGUUCUUAUGCUACUGUUAGAUGUUGUCUUGAUCCUAAAUUAUCUCUUGAAGAAGAUAAUGGAAAAUAUUUUGCAACUAACGGUGCUGAAGCGGAGCCAUCAAAGAUUGCUAGAAAUAUGAAUUUCGCUGCUAGAACUUGGAUAUGGACCGUUCAGGAAUUAAGUGAACGAAAAAUCAGUAUUCCAAAUUAG